AUGCCGGGAACAAGGAUAGACGCUCCACUCGAUGAUGGAAUGAAAGAAGCCAUCUUACUCGCGUUCUGGUCGAUAAGAAUUGACGACCUGAAUGACUUCAACGCCUACUUCUCAUUCUACCAAGAAGUGUGCAGGGGACUGGCAGGAGGAAGGGGCACUCAAUUCACUGCUCUUGCUGGAAAGAACCACGAAGACAUUCUGACAAUUAUUAACGAAGUCUGGAAAACUGGAGAGACCAAGACAUCCAUAGGACGCCCAGAGCUGCGAAGGGCAUUGAAGCAGCAUCAGGAAUUUCAAGCAAGUACCGAUACAGCCUUGAACGCCUCAAUCAAUCUUGCACUUCGGCUGUGGACCACCAUCCCGUUCCUUGAACCAGUUACGACUGACAACUAUGGCUCCGAUGAACCGGGUUCUAUCAUUUGGGACGACAAUACUCGACUUGUUGACUUCGUAUCAGCUCAAUUCGUGCCAGAUAACGGAGCAUUGCGCCGGAGCGCAACCGCGCUGACAACUGCGCAAAGACUCGGCCCAAAAUUAGAGAGAAACUUCUCAGCGCAAUCGUUGAAUUCUUUACAUGGUGUCAGGACUCAUGUGACAAAGAACAUAAUUAAUCAUCUGUUGUUUGACGACAGCAACGAGGACGAUAAGGUACUGAAUGUUUUCCCCAUGAAGUUGUUUCUGGUAGCACACAAGAGAAGUAAAACCAAUAUUCUUCCCGAAAGUCUCAUAUUAGAGACUACCAGAACGCUUGGGAUACUCUUCCCAUCUUCGUCCGAACAUGAGUAUGAAAAGUCCAGUGCCUAUCUCAAAGAGUACCAUCCGGACAUAUCCAGAUCAGCUGAAUACCCUUUGUCAUGGACAAGCACCGAACGCCCAUCUAUGUCGUCUUUCGUACAUUGGCGGGAUCGCCUGGACACCAUAUAUACUUUAUAUAAGUCCAAGCCGACUAGUUUCUGGAGAAGUCUGCGCGAUUUUCGGGAUCCUCAAGAAUGGCUUACUUUCUGGAUGGGGCUUGUGGCGAUUUUGAUCAUGACCUUCGUGUUUGGGUGCAUAUCGACUGCUACGGCCAUUUAUUCCGCAGUCUAUGCAUACAGAGGGUUCGUCAUCUCGAAAGAGGGUCUGGACAUUGCUAGGGAUGCUGCGAGUUCCGCUGCUGCGUCUGCAGCAUCUUCGUCCUCAGAAGCGGCGGCGGCGGCUUCAGCGACCUCUGCAUCACUAGCAAGUAUAGCAGCUCAAGUAACAGCAUUGCUCGGUACAUAG